UAGGAGCGUAGAAGAAGAACUUCCGCUUCCUGGAGGACGCUAACGCAAAGCUAGCUUAGCAGCAAUACGGUAUUUAUUAUUGUACUCCGUUACCUGACCGUGGCGAUGAUUCGAGACUGAGUCGAUAGUUUUGCUAAACAUCUCGCGGCUGGUCAGAGGGAGGGGUGUCAGUCAUGUGCGCCGCGGGGAAAUACAGCUCCCGGGGCCCUGCUCUUAUCCCCCGCAUGAAAACCAAGCACCGAAUAUACUACAUCACCCUCUUCACCGUGGUGUUGCUUGGACUGAUCGCCACCGGGAUGUUUCAGUUUUGGCCCCACUCUAUAGAGUCCACAGCUGAAUGGACCCUCGAAAAGGGCAGUGUUCAUGACGCACCUCUAAUCCGACUGCCUGUAUCCAGUCCCAUACCUGAGAGAGGUGACCUAAGCUGUCGGAUGCACACCUGUUUUGAUGUAUACAGAUGUGGCUACAAUCCUAAAAAUAGAAUUAAGGUUUACAUCUACCCUCUUCAGAGGUUUGUGGAUGAACUGGGGGUUCCCAUCAGCAGCACUGGAUUAUCAAGAGAGUACAAUGAACUGCUCAGCUCAAUCUCUGACAGUGACUUUUAUACAGAUGAUGUUACCAGGGCCUGUCUUUUUAUCCCAUCUAUUGACGUGCUGAAUCAAAAUUCCCUUCGUAUCAGAGAGACGGCCCAAGCUCUGGCAGUGCUACCCAGGUGGGACAAAGGAAUGAAUCAUCUUCUUUUCAACAUGCUACCUGGAGGCCCUCCUGACUACAACACUGCCUUGGAUGUGCCAAGGGACAGAGCACUUUUGGCUGGAGGUGGUUUCUCUACCUGGACCUACAGACAAGGUUAUGAUGUUAGCAUCCCAGUAUACAGUCCCCUUUCUGCAGAUGUUGUCCUGUCCGAGAGACAACCUGGGCCACGGCACUACUUCAUUUUGUCCUCCCAAACAGCAAUUCACCGAGAGUACCGGGCUGAGUUGGAACGUCUGAAAGAAGAAAAUGGGGAAGCUCUGCUCCUGCUAGACAAGUGUAGCAACCUCUCCCAGGGUGCUGCAAUUGCCCGAAAGCGCUGUUACAAAGGGCAGGUGUACGAGUACCCAGAGAUUCUACAGGAGUCCUCUUUCUGCGUGGUUCUGCGAGGAGCACGCUUGGGUCAAGCCGCCCUCAGUGAUGUCCUGCAGGCUGGCUGUGUCCCUGUCAUCCUGGCUGACUCCUACAUUCUGCCGUUCUCUGAAGUACUCGACUGGAAAAGGGCAUCGGUGGUUAUUCCAGAAGAGAAAUUAUCUGAGAUGUACACCAUCCUGAAGAGCAUUCCUCACAGACAAGUUGAAGAGAUGCAGAGACAGGCACGCUGGUUCUGGGAGGCCUACUUCAGCUCCAUGAAGGCUAUCGGCUUGACGACUCUACAGAUCAUUAAUGACCGCAUCUACCCCUAUGCUGCACGCACCUAUGAGCAGUGGAAUAACCCACCUGUUGUGAAGUGGUCCAGCGUCAACAGCCCCCUGUUCCUGCCCCUCAUCCCGCCGCGGGCUCCAGGGUUCACAGCUGUGGUGCUGACCUACGAUCGUGUUGAGAGUCUCUUCCGGGUCAUCACAGAAAUCUCGAAGGUGCCGAGCUUGGCCAAGCUGUUGGUGGUUUGGAACAAUCAGAACAAGAGUCCUCCUGAGGAAUCUCUUUGGCCGAAGGUUGGCGUUCCCCUCAAAGUCGUUCGAACCAAAGAAAACAAACUGAGCAACCGCUUCUUCCCCUACGAUGAGAUCGAGACCGAAGCUGUGCUCGCCAUUGAUGAUGACAUCAUCAUGCUAACAUCUGAUGAACUACAGUUUGGCUAUGAGGUCUGGAGGGAGUUCCCCGACCGGCUUGUGGGCUAUCCAGGACGGCUGCACCUCUGGGACCACGAAAUGGGGAAGUGGAAAUACGAGUCAGAGUGGACCAACGAGGUUUCCAUGGUUCUAACUGGAGCUGCUUUCUACCACAAGUAUUUCAAUUAUUUGUACACGUACAAGAUGCCAGGGGACAUCAAGAACUGGGUGGACGCCCACAUGAACUGUGAGGAUAUUGCAAUGAACUUCCUGGUGGCGAACAUCACAGGCAAAGCCCCCAUAAAGGUGACCCCAAGGAAAAAGUUCAAGUGUCCUGAGUGCACCGCCAUUGAUGGACUGUCCUUAGAUCAGACACACAUGGUUGAGAGGUCCGAGUGCAUUAACAAGUUUGCUACGGUUUUUGGAACAAUGCCUCUGAAAGUGGUGGAGCACCGCGCCGACCCGGUUCUCUAUAAAGACGACUUUCCAGAGAAGCUGAAGAGCUUCCCUAACAUCGGCAGCCUCUGAUCGGCGCCCACUGUCUCAGCAUUUCUAAACUGGUCUCCAGCGUGGUCUUUGACAUCAGAACAACCAGCACUGAAACACACAUUUUACAGUCACACUUUUACGUUUAAGCCAGUUUCAUUUUGCAGAAGAAAGCUUGUUAAUAUUCCCAAACGUCGAUGUUACUCGAGGUGCCGAUGGGGUCGACGUUAUCUCACUCGCCAUUACUGCGUCAGAGCGAAACACCUGAGCCUCCAGCCGCUCUCCAUUCAGCCUGCAUGUUGUACAUAUUUAUAUUUUGCAGGAGAGCUGUAUGAUAGGCAUAACUUAUAACACUUUUCUUUCAUUUUUUCGUCUCCCAUUUGAAAAUAUGACACAAACGUGCAUCUUUUUAUCUGUGCUAUAUAAAAACGACUAAAGUAAUAAACGGGUGAUGAACGAUUCUGACAUAUCUAUGUAGGCUUUAUUCUCGGGGAUGACGGAUUGUGAUGCGACACAGAUGUUGUACAGUCUUUCUUUAACGUGUUCUCUAUUACACAAUCACGCUGGACCGUUAGACGAAGCUGGUGUCGUAAAUCUAAUACGAGGAGUGAGUAACUGCUGAAUCCUGACACACACAAAAACAUAUCUGAGCUACUGGAAUCUUUUUAAAUGUACUUUUUUAUUGCCCACAAAUGCGUUUUAUAUAGAUAUCUCUGCAUAAAUGCAUCAAAGAGAAGCAAUCACGUUGCUUAAAGCAUCCUGUCAUUUCAGUCACAGCAAGCACUUCAUCAGCAUAUUGCCUUACAUUUGACCACAUUGUGUAUUUAAUAUUAGAAGCAAAUUGGUGUCAACUUUUUUUUUUUACUUGUUCCCAGUUUGUUUUUUUGUCUGCAGUCAUUUCUUGUCCAGUAUUACGACUGUAAAAACCACACAGUCUUUAAAACGCAUCAUUGCCUUUUUGCUGUUUUUUAUUCUCCUUUUGAUAUUGUUUUCACGUCGUUGUUCAUGUUUGAGUGAAAUGAUGCAUCAUGUGUAUGUGGCAAUAAGUAAAGACAACCGUAAUAUGUCCCUGAA